GAGACAGGGACGCAGCUUGAUGCAAGCAAGGUGUCCGCUUUAUUGUUUGGCAAACAUACAUUUAUAUAGCCUAAGGCACACAUGUUUCAUGCUGAUUGGCUAAUCACUUUAACAGACAUUAAGCUAGCUAAGGCGGGAAUGUUGGUCAGGCAGUGUUCCAUGGUAACAAGAUCGUUAUCUCGUAGUCACAAGCUGUCCCCCGCUCCAGGGCGCAGGCACCCCCACCGACCACAAGCUCCCCGCCUCCAAGUCGCGCCACACAACUACCGCAACACUUAACUUUAUUCAUACAGCAAACUAGCCUAUUAACUCCAAAUACAGAAAACUAACUCAUCAACUCUACAUUCAGACAACCCACACUCAGGCACCUCUCCCAUCUCCCAAGACUUGGCAAAGAUGAUGGAGAGUGGUCCAGCAAUGACCUCAGCCAGUUCCCUCAGCACCCGUGGGUGCAUCCCAUCUGGACCCAUGGAUUUAUGGAUGUCCACAUUGCCUAACUGCUCCCUAACCCGGUCCUCAUCAACUGAAGCAAACUCCUCCAUUGUCCUGCCUUCCUCUGGGGCCUCAGCCGUACGGGGCUCCUCAGGACAGCCCCCGGCAGAGUAGACAGAGACAAAGAAGGCAUUCAGUAACUCUGCCUUCUCUGUAUCUUCUGUCACCAGGGCACCCACCUCGUUCAUCAGUGGGCCUACAUCGCCCUGGUGUUAGUUUUAUCUGCCGUAUAUUGGAAAAAGCUCUUCCUGUUGUCCUUGACCCCUCUCGCCAGGUUUAAUUCUAAGGAGGCCUUAGCUUUCCUAGUUGCCUCCCUACACCCUCUGACAACAGCCUUAUAUUCUCCCCAAGUGGCCAGCGCCUCCUUCCAUGAUCUAUAAACUCUCCUCUUCCACUUGAGCACACCCAGCAGUUCCCUGUUUAACCACGCAGGUCUCCUGGCUCCCUUCCUUGACUUCCUACGUGUCGGGAUGCUCUGAUCUGGUGCCCGGUAGAAACAGUCCCUGAACACUAACCAACUCUCUUGGGCCCCUUUACCUUCAAGCAGCCUUGCCCAUGGGAUUUCCCCCACCAAUUGCCUGAAAAGGCCAAAGUUUGCCCUGCUGAAAUCCAGGGUUGCAAUUCUGCUUGCUAUCCUGCUCCUGCCACAGGAGAUCCUGAACUCCACCAUCUCAUGGUCGCUGCAGCCCAGGCAGCCCUCAACCUUUACCGCUUCAACCAGACCCUCCUUGUUAGUGAGGAUGAGGUCCAGCAGUGCUCCUCUUCUAGUCGGCUCCUCCACCCUUUGCAUCACAAAGUUCUGGUCAAGGCACUGGAGGAACCUUCUGGACUGUGGCUGGCCGGCCGAGUCGUCCUUCCAACAGACAUCAGGGAAGUUAAAAUCCCCUACCACAACCAGGCCUGUGAUUGUGAGGCUGCUCUCAGCUGUCUGUAGAGGCCUCAUUGACUUCCUCACCCUGAUCUGGUGGCCUGUAAUAGACACCCACAAUAGUAUCAUGCUUGCCAGCCUGCCCCUUAACUUUCACCCACAGACUCUCAACUCGCUCCUCAUCCAUGCCUGGACAAUACUCUAUACAUUGUAAUUGCUCUCUCACAUAAAGAGCAACAACACCACCACGCCUGGAUGGCAUGUCUUUCCUGAAAAGGACAUAGCCAUCCUUGACCACAUUCCAGCCAUGUGUGCUGUCCCACCACGUCGCUGUAAUUGCCACUAGGUCAUAACCUCCUGCCCUAACACAGGUUUCAAACUCCUCCUGCUUAUUCCCCGUGCUGCACGCAUUGGUGUACAGGCAUGUCAGAGAGUGAGCUGAGCACUCCGAUUCCACCUCAGCGGUGUGGGAGGCAUCCUGGCCCUCAUGAACUCUAGAGUGAUGCCCCACUGAUGCAAGCCCAGCUAGCACCCCUUCCCAUCCCCCUUAUAGGGGACCCGUGUGGCCACGGGUGGCGGGCAGGGCCAGGGGCCGCAAGGACACAGUGGUGCUCCCGGUGCCCGCCCCCCCGAGCCGAGCGGGGCGGAGCGGCAGGACUACACCUCCCGUGCUGCACCGGCGGCGGGCGGCCCUCCCGGGCUGACGCUGCCGGCGGCUCCCGGCGCCGCCUUUGUCCGUGCGGCGCUGGCGGCGCGGCCCCGGCGCAGGGACCAUCUGUCCUGGCUGUGCUGGUGCGGCUGGUGACGGGACAGGCACCUCGUGUGGAAUCCGGAGCAUCCCGCCUCCCUCUUCCCGGAUCAAUACCUGCACGAGCCUCCAUCUCCCCGCCGAGAGCAGCGACGCGCCGGGCUCCAGGCUGCUGCGGCAAGAUGUCGGUGACGUUUGAGGACGUGGCGCUCUACUUCUCCCCUGAGGAGUGGGCAAAGCUGUCGGGCUGUCAGCGGCAGCUCUACCGGGAGGUGAUGCUGGAGAACUACCAGAUGGUUGCCUCGCUGGGCUGGGCCACUGACAAGCCAGAGAUCAUCUGCAAGAUAGAGCGAGAAGAGACACCAUGCGUGCCAGAGCCCCCUUGGGAGCAGCAGAUGCACCAGACCGUUGUGCCAGUAGCUGUCAGCGCCGGGACACAGAGGGAGGCCGAGGAGGUCCAUGAGGAGCCGGUGGCACCUACCACCCUUCUCCCAGCAGUGCCCAACCUGGGUGGGAGGCGGCAGGGGGACUCAGUCCAUGGUUGGUUGGGCAGGAGCCAGAGGGGCCGGUUGGGGCACCCCCGCCUCCACUCCUUCCCAGACCAUCAGCUGCUGGAGAAGAGCCCCCCCACGUGUGACAAGAGCUUCAGGAGCCAGAAGGUGGUUGAUGGUCAUGGGUCGAGACAUAUGGGCAAGCAGCCCUUCAGCUGCACCGACUGCGGCAAGAGCUUCAAACGCAAGAAUGCCUUGCUGAAGCACCGGCGUGCACACAGUGGUGAGAAGCCCUACGCCUGCAGCCAAUGCGGUCUGUGCUUCAGGGAGAAAAACAACCUGCUGAGCCACCAGCGUGUCCACACCGGGGAGAAGCCCUUCACCUGCACCGACUGCGGCAAGAGCUUCAGCCGUAAGAACCACCUGGUGUGCCACCGGCGUGUGCACACCGGGGAGAAGCCCUUUGGCUGCAGCCACUGCGGCAAGAGCUUCAGGGAGAAGAGCCACCUGGUAACCCACCAGCGCCUCCACACUGGGGAGCGUCCAUACACCUGCACCCGCUGCCCCAAGGCCUUCAGGGACAAGAGGACCCUCACCAUCCAUGAGCGCAUCCACACUGGCGAGAAGCCCUACAAGUGCGGCAAGUGCGGCAAAACCUGCAGGCAGAAGCAUCACCUGAAGACCCACCAGCGGGUGCACCGGGGUCCAUGGGAGGUGCAGCCAAGGACUUUUCAUCUUCUGGUGCCCUGCCAGCUGGGAGGGGACACAGCCGGGACAGCUGCCCCAAAGUGGCCAAAGGGCUGUUCCUUACCAUCUGAUGUCAUGGUCAGUACAGAAACUGGGGGCAGUGGGCCUGGGGCACCACAGCUCAGGGACGCGCUGGGCAUCAGUCCACGUGUGGUGAGCGACUGUGUUGUGUAUCACUUGUUUUGUAUAUUCUUACAUUGCCAUCUUUGUCAUUACUCCUUUCCUCUUCUAUUAAACUGUCUUAAUCUCAACCCAUGAGUUUUACACAGAUCACUGGAUGAGUCCAAUUUAAAUUUUGUAUCAGUCAUUUAGCUUCAAGUUAUACAUUUUAAGUAGAAUGAAGCAAUUAGAUGUGUAAUGUGUGAUUUUUAGUCUACUGUCCGCUUCGCGUUACCUAGUAGCUAAAUUUGCUGACAUCUUAAACUGUGUGUUGUGAAGUUCCACUCAUAUUAACCAAACUUGUGUGUACUUGAGCAAAACGAAGCAGCUACAAACCAUCAACACAACCUGCAUGAUAUGGCCUGUUUUGCACAUUACAGAAUGAAACAGGAUCCAGUUGAGGCAAAUAACGGCUUCAAGGCCGGUACCAACUGGCUACGGACUGUCAACGAUGUCUGCAAAGGCCUGUCUGAAGACAGGGAAAGGAUCCAAUGUGAAGAAAACCCUAGAGAGGAAUGUUGUUAUUGGACUGGAUCAUUGUGUGAGGAACAGGCUGGGACCCAACCAGGAACCCAGAAGACUCUCCGAACGCAGUGACUAGUCAGAAAGCCGACAGCGCUGGGUGCAUUGGGGAUUUUUCUCCUUAACAUCUCACCAAGGAUCAGAAAAACACCUUUUCUAUACUUUACAACAGCGAAUAUUCAUACUAUUUCUGAGAAGACCUGCCUGACCCCAAAAAAUCUAACGCAUAUGCUAAGCUAUUGCAAAAUUAUAGUCGUGCACAGGAUGUAUAUAUGCUGCUGGUACCGAGAAAUACAGGCCUGCUCUAACAACAUUA